AUGUCGGAACAACCAGGACAAUUAAGCAUGGAGCAAACGGACAUGUCUACGGAGGUGAUUGUAGGCCAAGGCGAAGGUGGUUGGAGUACGCCGGUCCCAGGAAGCAGGAAGAGGACACAUUCGUCUCCGUCAGUGUUGGAGGGUGCUAGCAAGUAUGGGAUGCUGGACCUGUUGGUAAGUGUUAAAUCUGUGGAGUCAGAAAUGAAUGAAUGGCUGGCAGAAAGGAAAAAUUGCACAGAAAAAACAGCUAAAUGGAUUACGAAGAGACUUACCAAAAUUGUAGAUAUGCUGAACGAUGCGGCGGGUGAGGUGAUGACAGCGAGGAGAGUAAAGAUGCACAGGACGACAAACCUGGAAGGAGAAAUAGACGAGAUUAGAAAAGACAAUGCAAUGAUAAUGGAUAAAAUAGACCAGAUGGUCAGGAAUAUGGAGGAGAGAGAGAACAGGAUGGAAACUGGAGUGAGAGGAAUAGAGAGGAUAGAGAGAAGGAUAGGAGAGCAGGAAGGGGAAAUGGAGGAAAUUAAGGAGAUAGUACGGAAGGAAGUACAAAAGAACAUGCAAGAAGUGAUGGGAAAGAUAUUGAAAGGAAAGGAAAAGGAAAAGGACGAAGAAAAGAGAAUAAUGCUGGAAAGGAUCAGGGAGAUAGAGAGCGCACAGAGCAUACAGAGUAGGAUACUGGGGGAAAUAAAGGAGAAUAUGGAUAGGGUCUAUACGGGAGUGAGUAAGGUAUAUCGGGGAGAACAGGAAAGAGAGGUAAGGAUGGAAGAAAGACACCGGGAAAUACUGGAAAGGUGCGGGGAGGGAAAGAGAGGAAAGGAGAUUCGGGACACCACCGAGGGCAGCGAAAUGGAGACGGAAGGCGGGGAGGAAUCGUAUGCGAGGGCGGUAAAGAAGAGAGUCAGGAGAAAGAUAGAAAAGAAAUCUAGGAAAGGAGUAAGGAUUACGAAGGAGGAACAAGGAAGAGAGAUCGGAGGAGAGAUAGUGAGGAGAGAAUUGAUGGGGAAUAUAGACCCGAUCAAGAAAGGAUGGGAGGUGGUAGGAUUUAGAAGAGGAAGGAACGCGGUGUUUGUGGAUGUGAUGAAAAAGGAGCAAAUAAAAGGGAUAAUAGAGGACACGGACCUGAAAGAAAAAGGCUUUAGAGUAGAAGAACAGAGGAAACUAUUACCAUGGGUGAUUAUCAUAGGAGUCCCAGAGGAAAUAGGAAAGGAGGAACUAGGGAAGAGGAUUGAGGAAACGAUAGGAAGAACUAAGGAGGAGUUGGAAGGUCAAUUGAGGGUAAGAGUCUGGAGGGAUGCAAGGAGUGGGAAGAGGAACGUGAUUUUGGAAGUUAACCCGGAAACAAGGAGAGACUUAUUAAGGGUGGGAAGGAUAAGGGUAGGGUGGGUAUCAUGCCGAAUAGAAGACUAUACGUCAGUACAGCAGUGCGCGAAAUGCUUUGGAUUUGGGCAUAGGGCGAUAGUCUGUAGAGGUCCGGUCUGUUGUCUAGUCUGUGGUAAGAGUGGUCAUUUUUCCAGCACGUGUAANCAUCCCCAAUAA